AUGUCCCUGAUUAAACCAUUCACAAUGAUAUUUUCUAAUUGCCAAAGAAGGCUUAUGUCUUCAUCAGAAAAUAGAGAACAAACAUCAACGCAAGAAAGGCAUAGUAUCACCUCAUCCAUUACUGCUGAUCAUCACACAUCAACUGAAAAAGCUACUUACAUUACUUCGGAUCGGCCUUCCGCAUCUUUACUAUCGUCACGUACUUCCUCAACCUUGGUAUCACCAACCUCGUCAUCUGCUGCAAAAGUACCUUCAAGCCAUUCCAUCUCAGCCUCGUCAGUACCACCAUCUCAAACGAUGGCUUCUACCCAAAAUUAUUCAACCGAUAACAUCGAACCUUCUAUCUCAUCUAUUAUUCAAACAGGAACUGGCAAUCCUUUGUCCUCUGACACUUCAACAUUCAUGUCAGCCACAAUCUCAGGUCAACUGACAACAACACAACAACAAAUUACUUCUUCUUUUAUUUCCUCAUCAUUGCCUACAUCAGUCACAUCAGACUCCAUGUCUUCUCCUAUAUCCUCUUCGCCAUCAAAUCCACCUACUUCUUCCGAACCCAUUUCUUCUUCACCUUCUAUUUCUUCGUCUUCUAUGUCCUCUCAACCUAUUUCUUCUCAACCCACUUCACCUAUUUCUUCUCAACCCACUUCACCAAUUACUUCUCCACCUACUUCUCCACCUACUUCCCCACCUACUUCUCCACCUACUUCCCCACCUACUUCACCACCUACUUCACCACCUACUUCACCACCUACUUCUCCACCUACUUCUCCACCUACUUCUCCACCUACCUCUCCUCCUACCACACCACCUACCACACCACCUACAACUUCUCCUACUUCCAUAUCAUCACCACCUCCGCCCAUUUCAGACUCCACGUAUGUUACUUCCUCAAUAGCUAUUACCACUUCUGUGAUUCCAUCCUUGACAGUAUCCACAAGCACAACCAUUUGGACAACGAUUCCUACUCAAACAGUGAUUGUUGUCAAUGGAAGAACAACGACAGUUGCUACAGUGAUUCCUACGACAACGGUGAUUCCCAUCUCAGCCCUAGGUCAAGACAAUACAGGUGGAAAUAAUGACAACAACAAUCAUAUUCCUACGAUUAUUGGCUCAGUGAUUGGAGGUGUAGCAGGUAUAGCAUUGAUUGUGUUUGCGAUCUUCUUUUGGAAACGACGACAAAGGAAAGGUAUUCUCUUACAACAACGACAACAACAUUCUCAGCAACAUCCUUUGGGUAUCAUGGCAUCGACAGCUGCACAGGAAAGAGAGGCGACUUUUUAUGCGGAUACUAGGGAUUGGUCCAAUCGAUAUUAUGUAGAUGGACCUCCUACAAGUACAAGUAGUGAAUAUGAUCGAACGACAAACUCACUUAGUCGAGGUGAAGAUGAUCUUUAUCCCCGUCCAACCAGCUACAAUUACAACAAACGAUCUUCAUGGUGGUCAUCAGUCUCUACUUCUCUCAACAGACGCCGAUGA